AUGCUCCAAUGCUGGGAGCACGUGUACCCCAAGUCGCACUUUAUCAGAUCUGCCCAGCCUGCCAAUCUCCACAUUGCCUCUUUUCCAAUCGGCAACAACAUCCCCGAAGCCGACGGCGCAGACACCCCCUACGCGUACUGGCAUGCCGCGGCAAUCGGCUAUCAAGGCUCUCCCCUCAACGAGUCACUUUCCAACUCGAAGAAAUCGACCAACGCCAUGCCCUACAUCACCGCCGUCUACAACACGACCACGCUGUGGCAGGAUAUCACAUACAGCAUCAAGAACUAG